AUGAGCAGCAACGGCGGUGGCGGCGGCGGCAGCCCCGGCGAGCCGCCGGAGGGCCCCGCCCCGCGCUCGGAGGCGACGGCGACGCCUCCUCCUCCUCCGCCGGCUCCUGGGGUAACGGCCGCCGCCGGCGGGGCCGUCCGGGGCGAGAAGCCCGAGACGCGCUCGGUGUGCAGCAACAGCAGCGGGGAUGGCGGCGGGGGCGGCGCCGGCCCCAUCUGCAAGAUCUGCUUCCAGGGCGCCGAGCAGGGUGAAUUGUUAAAUCCCUGUCGAUGUGAUGGGUCAGUUCGGUAUACACAUCAACUUUGCCUAUUGAAAUGGAUUAGUGAAAGAGGGUCCUGGACUUGUGAACUCUGCUGUUACAGAUACCAUGUUAUAGCAAUUAAAAUGAAAAAGCCUUGUCAGUGGCAAAGCAUUACUGUAACUCUGGUUGAGAAAGUGCAGAUGAUUGCUGUAAUGUUGGGAUCACUGUUCUUAGUAGCAAGUGUAACUUGGCUUCUGUGGUCAGCCUUCAGUCCUUAUGCAGUAUGGCAAAGAAAAGAUGUCCUUUUUCAAAUCUGCUAUGGAAUGUAUGGUUUUAUGGAUCUGGUGUGCAUAGGACUUAUUGUGCAUGAAGGGGCCUCAGUUUGCAGAGUAUUUAAGCGUUGGCGGGCUGUCAAUCUGCACUGGGAUGUAUUAAAUUAUGAUAAAGCUACAGACAUAGAAGAGAGCAACCGUGGAGAAUCCACAACAUCUAGGACUUUGUGGUUACCACUAAAUGCAUUUAGAAACAGAAGUUUAGUUCAUCCAACACAGUUAACCUCACCAAGAUUUCAGUGUGGCUAUGUUUUGUUACAUCUCUUCAGUCGAAUGCGACCUCAGGAGGAUUCAUCAGAUGACAACAGCUCUGGAGAGGUGGUAAUGAGAGUGACUUCAGUGUAAAGGUUAUGGUCACUCUGCUACAUGCACAAGAACAAUGUGCCCUGACCUCUUGCAGUAUUCUGGAAUGUAGUUACAAUGAAUGGUGAAACCAUAGCACAUAAAAAUAUAUAAACUUUUUUUAAUUUAUGCUUUUAUAUGAUCAGUUGAAUUGCAAAUACAUUUUCCUGAAAAGGGUCUCUUUCUUUUUAUACCAUGAUUUAUCACUUUUUAUCUAUUUGUACUCGGCAUUUAUAAAAAUAUAAUUUAACAAUAGCUUUAAUAAUGUGGAGACAAAUAUUUUAAACUACAGCUAUUUUUGAUAGUUUUAAGUGUAUUUUCAAAGUUCUAAGCCAUCUAUAAUUUUCAGGACAUGUAAACAAGAUUAAUUGGAUGGCUUGCGUUUAGUAUACCAAUCAAAUUCAUCCAAUGUGUUACUUCCAGUUGGGUAAAGGUAUGUCUUUGAUUUUUGUCUGGGGGAAAUGUAUAGUGCUGGGAGAGUAAAGGGAAGUGGGGGCUUGCAUUCUGGAUUUAUCCAAAAUGAAAUAAAGUUUAAAGUUCAUGGAAGAUCUGUGCUCAAAACUGAUGGGUAAAAGACAAACAGUUUUGUAAGAAUGAGAAUGCUGAAAAUCUCUGAAUUAAUUCAGAAGCCUUAUUUCAUGUCAUCUAGGUAAUAAGAAUACUGUUAUCAAUAUUUAAUAAUAUGUGUACUAUGGACUAUUUUUGCCAAAUUAAUGAAAGAAAAUCAGCAUUCACUUAUACACUCCAUUGCAGGGUAGAUUUCCAGAAUUGUGUUCCGGACUUCUGAUUUAGCUGGAGUGAUUUGUUUCUCAGUUUCACGAGAAUUAAAUUCAGUUACAUUGAA